GCGCAGUGCCGGCCGUGCCACACACAGCAUGGCGGAGCGGCUGCCUGCCGCGCCGCCGUCAAGCGAGAGCAGCCGUAAAGGGAGCCUCGGCUGCGCGACAGCGAGCGGCGGCGGGCGGGGUGCAGUCAAAAAAGGAAUGUGACAAUUGGUGAAUUGUAGCGGAAUUGGGAAAAUAAGUUUUGAGGCCAAAUGGAGAAGAGAGAAGGUUCUGGGAAUAAGCAGAAGCUGUGCAUCUCUUGAAGUUGACAAGAAAAUAAAACAUCUCUGUUUCUUCAGGCAUAGUAAAGCACUGAAGAGAAACUGAAGGAAGUAUUACACGCCUUACUGAUCAGAAAACUGUUUCUGAAGUAUUUGGGCAAACUACAUAUACAUGUAGUAAAAUCUACAAAGGUUGAAGGUGUGGAGAGCAUGGGUUAUGACAUUGAGCGCUUCGUGGGCUAUGUUAAUGAGGGGCUGUUGUGCUCCAUCUGCCGAGACGUGUUGGAAGAUCCACUGCAGGCUCCUUGCGAACACGCUUUCUGCACUGCCUGUAUCCAUGGCUGGCUCGUUCAUCACAGUAACUGCCCUGAAGACAGACAAGUGAUUGAUGUGUCUCUGCUACGACCUCUCUACAGAUAUAUGAAAAAUGACUUAAACCGUCUUCAGCUACAUUGCAGAAACAGAGAGUAUGGCUGUGAAAUGGUUUGUUCUCUGGAGUCUAUAGACAGACAUGAAAGGGAGUGUGAGUACAGUCAGAUACCUUGCUCCAAUGCUGGCUGCACCGUGCAGAUUGAGCGGCGUAACCUGGACGGGCACCUGGCGGUGUGCGAGUACCGGAGCCGCGAGUGCCCCAAUGGCUGUGGCUACACCAUCCUCAGCGCCGAGGACACGCAGCACAACUGUGUGGCAGAGCUCAGGACCGAGCUGGAGCUGCUUCGGUCAGAAAUGAUCUGCAGAGUGGAGGAGGCAAAACAUGAGAUGGAGUCAAGGUUAGAUUCACAGAGAAGGCAUAUGGUCCAAAAAGAGAGUAUUCUGCAAAAUGAAAUUGAAGAACUAAAGAGUCAGAUGUCACGAAUGAUGUCAGAUGUACGGUCUCUGAUGGCUGCGGAGAGACAGCACCGUCAAGAGCUGGAGCAGGCAGAGCUGGAAAAACGGGAGCUGAUGGAGCUGCUGAAGGGGCUGCAGAAGGACUGUAGGUUAACUACUACAGAGGGAAGCAGGAAGUCAAAUUUCCGUCCUUUGACACGACUAGAGAGUGUGAAAAGAAAACCUAGGGAAGUUACAGUUAUCUAAAUAGUGCUAAGCUCAAAAAGCAUUUUCUUCAAAUAAUGGCUUCUGGUAAACUACUUUCUUUGAGUGAUUGGUAAACUUUAUAUAAUUUCUAAUUUACUUAUUUUCUUUUAAAGUAUGAAUUACUACUGUAUUUCCUUUGGGGCCAUAAAAACAAACAGAAUAUUUUUUUUUUCUGAGGGAAUACUGGUCAUUAAAAAUAGCAAUUGUAAGACAUAUUUUUUAGCUAAUGUUUUUAUAAAAAGGGGAAGGAGACUUGAUUUAUUCUCUCUUUACUGCAUCACUUACAGGAAGUUUCAAGACUGAAAGCUACAGCUUUUUAAAGUCAAAGAAUCAGACUAUUAUGGACCAGGAAGAAAAAAACAUUUAAGUAUCUCUGUUUCAAACAAAAAAAGGAAAUGUGACUAUUUGGGAUGUACUUAAUUUGGGGAAAAGUGAAUAAUAGAAUCAGUAAGUCAGUAAUAGAAAUUAAUAAGAUUUUGUUUGUAGUCUGUAGAAAGUCUCAUUUCAAAGGUGGAAAAGCAAGCACUUUAAAUUGUAAUUCUUCUGCUGUGUAACAGCUUUGGGUGAGGUUGACUGUUGCAUUAGAGCUUCUUCUCAUUUCCCAGGCUGAUACACACUUAAGAGACUAAUACUAAAGCCCAAGGUAGUAGAAUAAUCUACUGUGUGUGAAUAACUGAGUUUGUGGGAAUGGAUCUACUUCUCAUUUAAAAAUUUUAAGCUUUUGUAUGUGAAAGUAUCGGGUAUUUCAACAGACUCUUUUAAGCAUAAGACCAGUCCAUUUGGUACUCAAUGUCUUUAAAGUAUGUAUAAAUACGUAGAGUAUCCUUAUUUUCUUGUGGCAGGUUUAAGGCUACUUGAUAUGCACAAGAGAUGAAUAUUUGCACAGUCACUUGGGCUUCAGAUAUCUGUCAGUGCUCAAGCAGGCUGCAGGGAGUGCCAGAGCCUGGCACUGGCGUCAGAGGGGAACAGAACACCUGUGUGAGUGUGAGUAGGUCAGUGAUCUGCUCUGCUUAGCAGUACAACUCAAAAGGGAGGUGGGAGGGGUAAGGGACAUCAGAGCAUCUGAGGAAGAGAUGGAUUGUUAGAGCCAUUCUCUACCUCCCCUGAGGCAAAUACACCAGAUGCACCUCAGAGAGUGGAGGAUCACUAGAGGUGAACCUAGGGUGCCAGGUCGGUGACGUGGGCAAAACUGUUGACCUGGCAAAAGCACAUCUACACCAACACACAGUAUGGGCAGCAAGCAGGAGGAGCUGGAAGCCAUUGUUCAGCAGGAAGGUUUUGAUGUUGUCACCAUCACAGAAACGUGGUGGGAUGACGGUCAUCAUGGGACUGCUGCAAUGGCUGGAUAUAAGCUCUUUAGAAGAGACAGGCAAAGCAGGAGAGGUGGUGGAUAGCACUGUACUAUACGGAGUGUUUUGAUUGUGUUGAAAUUGAUGAUGAAGAUGACAAGGUUGAGUGCCUCUGGGGGAGGAUGACAGGGAAGGUCAGCAGGGCAGAUGUCAUAGUGGUAGUCCAUUAGAAACCACCCAGCCAGGAACAGACUGAUGAGAGGUUCUACAAGCAGCUGGCAGAGGUGUCACAGUCACCAGCCUUUGUACUCGUGGGGGACUUCAACUUGCCAGAUGUCUGCUGGAAAUACAGCAGAGUGGAAGCAGCCUAGGGGGUUCCUGGAAUGUGUGGAAGACAGCUUUCUAACUAACACAACUGGUAAAUGAGCCUAACACAGGGGCCCUGGUUUUUGUGGGCAAAGAAAGACUGGUGGGUGAUGUGGUGGUCAGUGGCCAUCUUGGGCAGAGUGACCAUGAACUGUUAUGGUUUUCUGUUCUGGGUGAAGUAAGGAGGGGCACCAGCAGGACUUCUGCCUUGGACUUUGGUGAGUAGACUUUGGCCUGUUUAGGACACUGAUUGACCAAGUCCCUUGGAAGUCAGUCCUGAAAGGUAAAGGAGUCCAGGAAGGCUGGAGGUGCUUAAAAGCUGCCAGCCCACAGCUUGGACAGGAGCACUCUUUGCUGGCUUAAGAACUGGCUGCAUGGCUGGGCGCGGAGAGUGGUGGUGAACAGGGCUGCAUCCAGCUGGCAGCCAUUCACCAGUGGUAUUCCUCAGGGGUCUGUGCUGGGGCCAGUUCGGUUUAAUGUUUUUAUUGACAACAUGGAUGAGGGUAUUGAGUCUUCAGUAAAUUGUGGACAACACUAAGCUGGGAGAAUGUGUUCAUCUGCUGGAAGGUAGGGAGGGCUCUGCAAAGAGACCUGGAGCAGUUGGAUGGAUCGGCAGAGUCCAAUAGGAUGAAGUUUAAUAAGUCCAAGUGCUGAGUUCUGCAUUUUGGCCACAAAAACUACCUACAGCAUUGCAGGCUGGGGACGGUGUGGCUGGACAGUGCCCAGGCAGAAAGGGAGCUGAGGGUACUGGUGACAGCUGGCUGUGCCCUGGGGGCCAAGAGGGCCAGCAGCAUCCAGGCCUGUAUCAGGAACAGUGUGGCCAGCAGGAGCAGGGAGGUCAUUCUUCCCCUGUACUCAGCACUGGUGAGGCUGCAGCUUGAGUGCUGUGCCCAGUUCUGGCCCCGCAGUUUAAGGACAUUGAGACACUUGAACGCAUCCAGAGGAGGCAACGAGGCUGGAGAGGGGCUUGGAACACAAGCCUUAUGAGGAAGGGCUGAGGGAGUUGGGGUUGUUUUAGCCUGGAGAAAAAGAGACUCAGAGGUGACCUUAUCACUCUCUACAACCUUCUGAAAGGUGGCUGUAGCCAGGUGGGGGUUGGUCUCUUUCUCCAGGCAGCAGCUGACAGAACAAGAGGACACAGUCUUAAGCUGCACUGAGGGAAAUAUAGGUUAGAUGUUAGGAAAAAGGUUUUUACAGUAAGGGUGAUAAAGUACUGGAAUGGUUUGCCCAGGGAGGUGGUAGAGUCACCAUUCCUGGAUGUGUCUAAAAAAAGACUGGAUGUGGCACUCGGUGCCAUGGUUUAGUUGAGGUGUUAGGGCUGAGUUGGACUCAAUGAUCUUGAAGGUCUCUUUCAACUUAGUGAUUCUGUGUGGAAAAGGAAUUGUUAAAUAUUCAGGAACAGACUGUCCCCAUGUGUAAAAAGACAAGUUGUCAGGGAAAAAGACCAGCGUGGUUAAACAGAGAACUUAAGCUGAAAUGUAGAUGGGAAAAAGAGAAUAUAUUACCUCUGGAAGGAGGGUCAGGUAACUUGGGAGGACUAUAAGGAUGUCACAAGAUCAUGUAGGAAGAAGAUUAAAAGGGACAAAACCCAACUAGAACUUGUUUUGGCCAUGACAGUUGAAGACAACAAGAAAAGUUUCUAUAAAUACGUUGACAGCAAAAGGAGGGUCAAGGAGUGUCUCUGCCAUUGUUUGAAUCCAGAGUGGUGUAGUUACAGGGUUGAGGAAAAGGCAGAGAUACAAAAUGCCUUCUUUGCCUCAGUCUUCAAGAUCAGGAUCAGUUGUCCUCAGGAUACCCAGCUCCCUGAGGUGGAAGUUGAUAGGCAGAUGAGUGAAGUCCCCACAGCCCAGGACGAGAUGGUUAAUGACCUGCUGUGCCACUUAGACACUCACAGGUCUAUGGGCCCUUAUGGGAUCCACCCCAGAGUAAUGAGGGAACUGGCAAAACACUUUCAAUCAUUGAUCAGCAGUCCUGCUUAACUGGAGAAGUUCCAGCUGACCGGAGAUCAGCAGAUUUAACUCCCAUCUACAAGAAUGGUUGGAAGGAUGAUCUGGGGAACUACAGGGCAGCCAGCCUGACCUCAGCUCUGGGCAACAUUCUGGAAGAGAUCAUCUUGAGUGCCAUUACAUGGUACGUGCAGGACAACCAAGGGAUCAAGCCCAGACAACACAGAUGUAGGAAAAGCAGGUCCUGCUUGACUGAUCUGACCUCCUGUGACUAAGUGGCCUGCUGAGAAGAUGAAGGAGAGGCUGUGGAUGUUGUCUGUCUAGACUUCAGUAAAGCAUUUCACACCAUCUUCCACAGUGUCCUCCUAGAAAACCUGGCUACUUGGGACUUGGAUGGGUGAACUCUCCAAUGGGUAAAAAGUUGGCUGGUUGUCAGGCCCAGAGAGUGGUGGGGAAUGGAGCGAAGUCCAGUUGGCAGCUGGUAACUAGUGGUGUUCCCCAGGGCUCGGUAUUUGGGCCAGACCUAUUUAACACCAUUAUUAAUGACCUGGACGUGGGAAUUGAGUGCCUCCUGAGUAAAUUUGCAGACAACGCCAAGGUGGAUGGAAGUGUUGGUCUGCUGGGAUAGGAGGGCUCUGCAGACAGACCUGGACAGACCUGAUCAGUGUGCCAAGGACAGCUGCACGAGCUUCACUAAGUCAAAGUGCUGGGUGCUGCACUUGGGUUGCAGCAACCCCAUGCAGUGCUGAGGGCUGAGUGGCUCAAGAGCUCUUCGGCAGAAAGGGACUUGGGUGUGCUGGUUGACAACUGGCUUAAUAUGAGCUUGUGUGCCCAGGUGACCAAGAAGGUAAAUGGCAUCCUGGCCUGUAUCAGAAGUAUUGUGGCAGUGAUUGUCCUUCUGUAUUUGGCCCUGGUGAGGCCACACCUCGAGUGCUGUGUCCAGUUUUGGCCCUUCACUUUAAAAAGGAAAUUGAAAUGCUGAAGGGUGUCCAGCAAAGGGCAACAAAGCUAAUGGAGUCUAGCUCUCAUGAGAGCUUGUCUUGUGAGGAGCAUCUGAAAGAGCUGGGUUUGUUUAGUCUAGAGAAGAGAAUGCUCAGGGGAGACCUCUUCACUCUCUACAAAUCCCUGAAAGGAGAAUAUAGCCAGGUGGGAACUGGUCUGUACUUCUCUACUUCUGUGUCUACACAGUGAGAGGACAGGGGGAUGUGGCCUUAAUCUCAGACAGGGGAGAUUAGAUGUUAGAAAAAAAGUUUUCUGUUUAGGGUGGUCAGGAAUAGGGUCACCAUCCCUGAAGGUGUUGAAGAGUUCAGGAUCUGGGGCUGAGCAAUGGUUUAGCAGGGCUAGUUCUGGGAUGACAUUUGAAUUUGGUCUCUUCCACUCUUGAUGAUUCCAUAAUUCAAAGUUUGCAAUAGUAUUUUUUAACAGACCCACCAAUCAAGGAGGCAUUUAUCUGUAAGCACUGCAUGAGAAAUCUGUUCACAGAAUUUCUCCAAACUUUUUAUACAGCCUGUUCAUGUUGUUUUCAGUGGUAUAACUAAGCCAUAUUCUCAGCUCGUCAGUAGACUAACUAUAGAGAUACCUGGCCUUCUGUUUACUGAAUGUGUUCAAUCAGUUUUGCAGGCUCAGGAAAACAGGUUCAACAUGUAUGCAGGUUCAACAUGUAUGCAGGUUCAACAACCCAAAUAUGUUUAUUUUAUACUUUAAAAAGCAACUGCAUUACUGUGCAUGCCUUGCUGUCACUCAGAGCAAUGCUUUUAUAGCUAAUAGCAUAACCAAAGAGAGAGACAGCAGUCUUCUUUAGCACAUAGUCUACAUUAUGAAGAUUUAUGGUCAGAGCUGUCUGAAUUUUGGGCAUUAAUAAAUCCCUCUAACUUGCUGUUUCUUUCUUUCUGCUCAGUCCCACGGAGGCAGAUGUGCACAUAUUCAGGUCUCACAUAUUUGAAAACUGGUCUUGUGUAUUUAAAAACUGACAUAAAUAGCGCUUCUGUAAAAGCAGGGAUUUUUUUCAGGGGAAAAAACCCUCAUUCAAAGUAAUUGAGAGCAUUUGGGGCACUAGCAAUAUUACCAAUUCAUGCCACAGCAUAUCUUUUAAGCAGUCAUAUUUAGUAAUCUGUAAACCAGUAGGUAUCAUUUGAGAAGACCUUCAUUCACACUAAGUGUUCAGUGGUCAGUUCACUUACAUUGGUGUGUGUAUUAAAGCAAUAGGUAGAAAGUAAGAAUGCUGUUACUCUCGUGUUCUAAACAAGCAAGCUGUGAGUGUCUGUGCUCUGUGUGACGUUACUGCAGCAUUCACUAAUUUCAAGCUUUUUAGCAACACCAGAUUUCAUGCUGUUAGAUUCAGCUAGUGCUUUUCUGUGUACUAUAACUGUGUGGUUGUGAUGUGGCUUUAUCUACUUUGCCUAAUGUAAACAAGAAAAUUACUUCAAAAUCCUUUGGAACUAGAUGAGCUGAAUCAUCUUUCUUUCCUCAGUCAGAGAGCAGUAACCCAAUCUUUUCUGUUCUGACCACAGAAGAAAGCAAUAUUAGCUCUGUGUGUUCCCCAUAAUGGGAUUUCUGCAUUUGAUUGCUUUAGAAACUUCACCCACACAUUCAUGACUAAAUUCCUCCUAGUAUGGGAAAUAGGCUUUAUUUAUGGUUUACUUAGCCUUUCUCAGCUGUCUUUUCCCUAAGUGAUGGACAUUGCACUACAUGAGUAGUGUCUUAGGUGGUAAGGAAGGACAUUCUGCUGUGCAGUCCAGCACUGACAGUCGCAACUUCCAGCAUAAAAAUGUGGCAACACUUUGGGCCCCCUGCCUUCUGGAAAGGACUGUCAGUUUGGGUUUCCUUUAGCAACAAAGAAGCACUUUCAGAGAUGUUUUAAACAGGCACACAGUAGUGUCUUGGUUUGGAAAGACAGGUAUCUGUCAGGGAAAGCUGGAGCUUCCCUUGGAAUGGAGAAUGUAAACUCACUCCCUCAUAAUUAUUAUAAUUUGGAAAUUAGAGGAAUUUGGUUAAAGAUAUGGGAAGAGGAAUAGCAGGUUUUAAUAGGAAUAUUAGAAAUAUAAAUGUAGUAGUACAAUAAAAAAAUGGGAAUCAAACAAAAAUCCUAGAAAACCCAACAAGAGUCAGAAUACGACCUGACACCCUGUUGGUAGCAGUCCACAGAAGUCCUCCUGGAGUAACAGAUGUGGUUCUGUCAGAGCAGAGAUGAUCCUGUAGCAGGGUCCAGUGGUGACAAGGAGGGUCCAGUCUUUGUUCUGGGAAUCCUUUGGAAAACAGCCUGUCCUGGUGUUUCUGACUCUGCUUUUUUAUCUAGAUAAGAAUGGUUGGCCACUCCCACUGGGUGGAGCAUCUCACAAUGGGAUGAUGUACUGUUAUCAGUCAUGUGGUGAGCCUUAAUGGCCCAUUAACAGCAGAUAUCCCCCUGCAGGGAGGAUGGGUGAUGAGGAUGGAGGAUGGCAGAGAUAAGGAACAUUGCCCCACCUGCUUUUAACAGCUGGCCCAUUAACAGAAGGCAGCUACCUCCUUCUCCCUGGAGUUCUGAGGAAUGGGUUAUACACGAGAAAAAAUACCUCCCCAACCAGUUUCAACAGAUGGGAAAUAGAAUUCAUUUUUGGUUACAUAUUGAAACCCAAGACAAGUAGCUAAUGGCAUCCAGUCCCUCUGCUGACUUAAAGCUUUAUGCCAUUCCUCUGCGUUGAUAACAGUUCUGCACUUGAGAUUUUCCUCUGCUAAUGAAGCCCUCACAGGGUGGCAUUGCUGAAGUAUCACCAGCAUUUGAGCUGCCUUAAAAUUGACUAGACUGACAUUACAUAGCCCAGUAUGGUAGUAUUUCAUUUACUUCUUGCUUUUCCAGUCUCAUGUAUUAUGCAGCUCUUAAUAGCAGUUGGCAGCAGCAAGGGAUUUUUUUCUUUCUUUGGAGUAAUCUGUUCAUCCUGUUCACAAAAAGCAAGAGUCCACAUAUUGUACUAGACUUGACAUAAGUUAAAGUGACUUGAAAGUGCUACUUUCCUAGUCAUGAUCAUACAUGAGCAUUAUAUGAGACACUGCUAAAACUGCAUUACAGGAGGAUUCCAACAUGAAAUUACUGAUAUUACUAUACUGGUGCAAAAUCACACUUUGAUCAGUUUCAUUUCUUCACAAGUGGUACUGCUGCUCCAAGUCGAGAGAAACUGUGCAAAUUGUUGUAUUUUGAGUUGCUGCUUCUGGCUCUUUGCAGUGGGAAGAAGGAGAGCAAAGAGACAGAACAAGUGUGGUGUGACUGUUCCUUCAGCCCAAAAGCAGAGAUGUGGCUGCAGCAGUUUGUGCCACCAGCCAGCUUUCCACCAGUGUGAGCUGCCAGCGUGUGGCAGGGAGUUGACCUGGCAUUAGAGUUAAAAGGACAUUAAGUCUUUAUCCACAGUUGGUGGGUACACAGUGUCACAGUACCAAGCCUGGGAGAGUCAGGAACAAAACUCAGAGCAAGCAGUUAAGUCAGGUUGGUGGGAACGUGCCUAUAGGAGAGUUUCUUGUCAGCAUAGAAGGGAAGGGAAUUGCACAGUCAAGCAAAGUACCUGCUAUAGUGAUGUAUUUUGAGUGGCCAGAAGUGGUUUUAUCUGAAAUGUUCUUAGGUGUUUGUAUGAUGUAGUAAUAGAACCCGGCUGCAAGCAGUUGCUAUAAUUGAUAGAAACUGGUAGCCUUGCAAAUGGAAUUUUCCAUGUGCUGUCCUCUCGGAUGUUUCUGGCAUGGUGCUUCUCCACAGCCACUUUCCUUAGAAGUGCUGGGUGGUGCUGGCAGGGAGCAGUACUAGCCUUGCCUUUAUCCUGUACUGUUGUCAGAGGGAGUACGGUAGGUCAGGGAGAUUUUACCACGUACAAGAUGCCUUUUUAAAGACCUACAAUUCUAUGCAACUUUCUAUUAACUGAGUAAACACUGAACUGUCUUCCAGCAUUAUGGGUCGCUGCCAGUCUAUUUACAAUUUCUACCUUUAUAUGCACAAGGAUAAACCAGCGCUUAACAGAUCUUAAUCUCUAGUGUGUAUAAGAAAUGGUAACACUUUGUAUCACUUUGAAGCACACUUUGUAUAAAAGUGGAACUAAUAAAGGGUCUACACCAGAAUUAACACAA